AUGCUCGGCCCACGUCUAUUACGAAUUCAGACCAGCUCCUGCACCUGCGCCUCGACGUUCCAACUGCGGCCCCUAUCCACAACAAGCGCCCUAUGCCGAGCUCCUUCGCUCAGAGAUAUCACCCCAGACAACGCAACUAGUUUCAACGCUAGGCAGAAGGAGUUCCGGGAGAACCUGGAAGCUGCUCGGAAGAAAAAAGAACAAGCAGAGAGUCAGUCGGGUCAUGCUUCUCUCGUUUCUCCUUCUCCAUUUUCCUUUACUUCUAGGCACUCUUCGGGCUCUGCGCGUCCCACUGCUCCACAUGUGAGCAAUGCGAGCGAAAAGCCCGGUUCUGCCGCUGCCGCUGCUCCUGGUGUUCCUGAUGCCGCGGACACUUUAGACACGCAAGGUUUGGGCUCACUUUCUACGCACCGCAUUGUAGGAGAACACCGUCAAUCCGAUGCUAGCCACGCUCCAAAACGUGGUGCCUUGUCCAGCUUGAUCUAUGGCACAAAGGAAGGCCAGCAGCUGGACAAAGAUAUCGAGCGCUCUUUCUCGGAAGUGCUGGCGCGGGGGAAAUACGUCCAUUCGAUCGUUUUUCACGAAGUCAAGCCGGAUAAGGUGGAUGAGUACGUCGAUUUGGUUGGGCAGUGGUAUCCGCGGAUGGCCCAGAUUGAGAACAACAAGGUCAAUCUAUCCACAUAUGGGAAUACCAACGUCUCAAAUCCCUCAUCAAUAACAAACGCACCUCCCUCAUGCAAGAAUUCUCCUUUCUGGCCCAACCACCCCCCCCGCGCAAACUCGGCGAGUCUCUUCGAACUCCGCUCCUACACUCUACACCCGGGCAACCUGCUCGAAUGGGAAACACACUGGCGACGAGGCCUGCACGCACGACGCGAAGUCAUGGAAGGUGUCGGUGCGUGGUUCGUGCAGAUUGGCGAGCUGAAUACUGUGCACCACCUGUGGCAGUUUGCAAAUCUGGAGGAGCGGAAAAUCCGACGCGAAAAGUCAUGGUCGAUUGAAGGGUGGGCAGAUACGGUGCAUAAGACCGUGCCGUUGAUACAGUCUAUGCAGAGUCGGAUUUUGGUUCCUAUGCCGUGGAGCCCUGUGGGAUAA